AUGCCACUCUGCCCCCACGCAUCUCUGCCCUUCUUCUUCUUUUUUCUUUCUUUUUUAAGCUUGCCCUUAUCAACCGCCUCAGAUUCGUCUCUGAUCUACACCAGUUUCCUACAUUGCUUAGAGAGUCACACCAAAACUAGUGAUCGAGUUUUCGACUCAGUUUACUCCCAAUCAAACUCGUCCUACAGCUCCGUUCUCCAAAACUACAUCCGAAACGCUUUGUACAACACCUCCUCCACCAACAAACCCCUUCUCAUCGUCACGGCCGCGCACGAGUCUCACGUCCAAGCCACCGUGGUCUGCACCAAACACAUUGGCCUCCAACUCAGAACCCGAAGCGGUGGCCAUGACUUCGCCGGAAGAUCCUACGUCUCCAACGAAAAGUUUAUCAUUCUCGACAUGUUUCAACUCCGAACGAUCUCCGUCAACGUCGCCGACCAGUCGGUCUGGGUUCAGGCCGGCGCUACACUCGGAGAACUCUACUACGGAAUCUGGGAGAAGAGUAAAGUCCUUGGUUUCCCUGCCGGAGUAUGCCCCACAGUCGGCGCCGGCGGCCACAUAACCGGCGGAGGGUAUGGGAACUUGAUAAGGAAGUAUGGUUUGGCUGUUGAUUACGUCCUCGACGCUCAGAUAGUAAACGUUAAUGGAGAAAUUCUUGACAGAAAGUCAAUGGGGGAAGACCUUUUCUGGGCCAUUCGAGGAGGUGGAGCUGAAAGUUUUGGUGUCGUUUUGUCGUACAAGUUGAGAUUAGUUUCAGUUCCUGAAACCGUCACGGUUUUCAGAGUUGAGAAAAUAUUGGACCAAGACCAGAACUUGACUGGUGUCGUUUACCAGUGGCAACAAGUGGCGCCUACGACAAACGACAAUCUUUUCAUGAGGAUGAUGGUACAGCCAAUAAGUUCGAAAGUGAAGAAAGGUACGAAAACUAUUAGGAUUAGGAUCACAGCUGAGUAUCUUGGAAACGCAAACGAAUUGGUGUCGUUAUUAGGCAAGGAGCUUCCUCUGUUGGGAUUAAAGAAGGAAGAUUGUACGGAAAUGAGUUGGAUGGAGUCUCUUCUUUUCUGGGCAAGUUUCGUUAAUGGAACCUCACCAAAAGUUCUUCUCAAUCGAUCACUUAACCAAGCUAAAUUUGGGCUACGAAAAUCGGAUUAUGUUCAGACUCCGAUUUCGAAAAAUGGGUUGGAAUGGAUAUGGAAGAAGAUGAUCGAGAUAGGCGAAACUGGGCUCGUUUUCAAUCCUUAUGGUGGGAAAAUGAACGAAAUCUCACCUUAUGAGACUCCUUUCCCACACCGAGCUGGGAACUUGUUUAAGAUUCAGUACUCAGUGAAUUGGGACGACCCUAAUGUAGAGUUACAGAAGAAUUACACUACUGAGAUCAGGAGGCUUUUCAGUUACAUGACUCCAUUUGUGUCCAAAAAUCCAAGAAGUGCUUUCUUGAAUUACAGGGACUUGGAUAUUGGUGUUAAUGACUUCGGUAAAUAUAGCUAUGAACAAGGAAAGGUUUAUGGGGUCAAGUACUUUGGUCAGAAUUUUGAUAGGUUGGUCAAGGUCAAGACUGCUGUCGAUCCAGAAAAUUUCUUCAGGAAUGAACAAAGUAUCCCAACUUUUCCAAGUAAGGCCUAA